UAAACGGUUAAAUUCAUUUCAAAAGCAUAAACAAAACAUACAAAAAUAUAUCUUCUUCUAUACAUAAAUAUAUAUCCCAAAAAUCGUGCUAAGACCGAAAAAAGAAAACAAAAGAGAACAGGAAACGGGGCAGUGAGAGUAAGAAAGUGUUCGCACUGCGACUGUUGUAGCAACAACAACAACAACAGCAGCAACAGACAAGUGGCAAAAGACAACGCCAAAAUGAGUCCGAGGCCCGUGGGCAUUGGAUUCGCUUCUGGGCGCAAACCACCCAAUGCGAAAAUGCGGUGGCGUCCCAAUCAUAACAGCGACAGCGAUAGCGGCAGCGGCAGCGACAAUACAACGGCUGUGGAGGCGACUAAAACAACAACAGCACCAGCUGCAACAACAACAACAGCAAUAACAACAACAGUAACAAGAAAACCAAGAACAGCAGCAGCAGCAGCGGCGGCAGCAACUAUAACAAGGAGACCGCGCACAAGGAUAGCAACCACAAUUGCAACAACAACAGCAGCGACAACAACAACAACAACAGCAACAUCAAUAUCAACACCACAACAACGCAAACAACACAACAAACAACAUUGGAACACCAGUCGACAUUUGGGCGCACUCGGCGCUUUAUUCCUGGCCAUUGUUGCGCUAAAUAAUUUCGAUUGUUUCCUAACGCUAGCUUCGGCGUCACUUCUCGGCGAGGGGCGCAUUCAUCAGGAUCCAACAGGUGAGUAA